CGGGGGGCCCCGGGGCCGGGCCGGCAGCGCGGAGGGGGGCGCGGGGGGCGCGGCGGCGGUGCGGGAUGCGCGGCCCCCGAUGGGAUGUAGCGGGCGGCUGCUGGGACCCGCCGGGGGCCGCCGCGCCUCGCUGCUCCUCACCAUGAUCCUCUUCUUCACCUACUUCUUCUCCUGCCUGCCCGGGCCCUGCGAGCCGCUGCCGCCCGCGCUGCUGCUGCCGCCGCCCGCCGCGCUGCCCGCGGGGCCGGGGGAGGCGGCGGGGGGCGCGGGGGGCGCGGGGGGCGGCAGCCGCCGCUUCCCCCAGGCCAUCAUCGUGGGCGUGAAGAAGGGCGGGACGCGGGCGCUGCUCGAGUUCCUGCGGGCGCACCCCGGGGUGCGGGCGGUGGGCGCCGAACCCCACUUCUUCGACAGGUGCUACGAGAAGGGGCUGCGCUGGUACAGGAGCCUGAUGCCACGGACCCUGGAGGGACAGAUCACCAUGGAGAAGACCCCCAGCUACUUUGUCACCAAGGAGGCCCCGCGGCGCAUCUUCAACAUGUCCCGGGACACGAAGCUGAUCGUGGUGGUGCGCGACCCCGUCACCCGCGCCAUCUCGGACUACACGCAGACCCUCUCCAAAAACCCCUCCAUCCCCAGCUUCCAGGCCCUGGCCUUCAAAAACCUCAGCACGGGGCUGAUCGACACGAGCUGGAGCGCGGUGCGGAUCGGGAUCUACGCCAAGCACCUGGAUAAUUGGCUGCAGUACUUCCCGCUCUCCAAAUUCCUCUUUGUCAGUGGGGAGAGGCUGGUCAGCGACCCUGCCGGGGAGAUGGGCCGUGUCCAGGACUUCCUGGGGCUCCAGAGGGUGGUGACGGACAAACAUUUCUAUUUUAAUGAGACCAAGGGCUUUCCCUGCCUGAAGAAGCCGGAGGGGGGGAGCAAACCGCGCUGCCUGGGGAAAUCCAAGGGGCGGCCGCAUCCCAGAAUCGACGGGCAGGUGGUGCAGCGCCUGCGGGAGUUCUACAGACCCUUCAACAUGAAGUUCUAUCAGAUGACAGGGCAGGAUUUUGGGUGGGACUGAGCCCAUCCCCAGGGCACGCUGCCGGGCUGGCACCUGGGCUGCCAGGACUGCGCUCCAGGGAUGCCCGUGGUCAUCGUGGUCCAGGGAUGCCCGUGGUCAUCAUGAUCCUAGGAUGCCCGUGGUCAUCGUGAUCCAGGGAUGCCCGUGGUUAUCACAGUCCAGGGAUGCCCGUGGUCAUCAUGAUCCAAGGAUGCCCGUGGUCAUCAUGAUCCAAGGAUGCCCGUGGUCAUUGUGGCCCAGGGAUGCCCGUGGUCACUGCAGUCCAGGGAUCCUCAUGGCCACACCACCAGCACCCUCCUCCCUUCGUUCUAAUUUAUAUCGGACCUUUUCUGGCAAGAAAUGGACUUUUCUGGAGUAGAGAGAAAUAUUUAAGAAAUAAAACCACAGCUGAGCCCUGUCCCCUCCCUGAGCAGAUUAAAUAUUCUUCCAUAUAAACCUUGCUGAUCUCCAUUAACUGGGAGCCUUCAGGGUGGCAGGUGGGAGCAUGGGGAUGGUGGAUAAAUAAUAAAAUAAAAUAAAUAAAACCCUUGGGAACCUCUGGGGCAGGUGGGGUUUUGCUGAGCCAAGCUCUGGGGGUGACACAGUCCCUGCUGGCCAGGGGAAGGCUGGGCAGCAAACCCCAAUCCUGGAGAUGUUUUUUCCAUGGAAAAGGGUCCGCAGGAAUUUCCCAGCUGAGCAGAACAACCAACAGCAGCAGUUCUGAAUAAAUGCCAGCUCCUGCCUAGGGAGUAGUGGAUCGCCUUCCCAUGUUCCUUGAGUGGCCCAGCUGAUAGGGCAGGGCCUUCCUAACCCUCAGGAGGAAAAUUCCAGCUUCUCCACAAUUUACCCAAGCUCUGCCCUUUCCGUUCAAUAAUCUCAAUAGUUUUUCAAAUCUGCAGCCAUCGAGGGUCAGCACGGGAGGCUGCAGAAAUAACUUUAAUCUCUACUAACUACUUUUCCCUUAAUUAAAGACAGAGAAAACAUUUAAUUAACCUCUAAGAUCUUAUUAGUGACUUGUAUUUGUCUCUUUAAUGAGCUAAUUAUGAGUUUUGGAGGGCCCUCAGGCCCUGCAUUAUUCGCAAAUGUGCUUUGGCUGUGGUUUCUUCCAUCGUGCACCAUCCCAAUCCUGCAUCCCAGAGCUGCUGA